GUAAAUUGUUGUUGUUUCAUUUAGACAGAUUGCAGAAUUAGGCAAUUUUCCGAACGACAUAAACAUGGCCCAAGUUCCCUUGGCUAUUGUCUCGCACAAGCGCCAGGUGUGUAGCCUAUAUAAGCGCGCCCUGCGCAAUCUGGAGGCGUGGUACGAUCGCCGCAAUGUGUAUCGCUAUCGCGCUGUUCAGCUGCGUGCCCGAUUUGACGAGAAUCGCAACAAAGAUUUGGGCGAAGGUAUACGCCUCCUAGCCUGUGGGCAAAAGGAACUUUUCGAAACGAAGCAUUUCCAGCCAAAGAACUUUGCCAACAGCGCCGGCGGCUGUGCUUUUGAGCGUGAGGUUAUUCCACCCGAUUGGCUAUUGGAUUACUGGCAUCCAUUGGAAAAGGCACAAUAUCCCGAAUAUUUUGCCAAGCGUGAGCAACGUAAAAAGGAAUUUGUCGUUUGGUGGGAGAAGCAAUAUGGCAAGCCAGAUCCCAAGGAUUUGGGACAUCAUUAAGUUAGUAGAUUUAGUAAAAAUCCAGAUACAUUAUUUGUUGUCCUCAGAAAAGUAAAACAAACAAAACGUAUUGGAAAAAACUGCUUAAA